AUGGAAUCAAAUUAAGAAAGGAGGAGACUUUAUAAAGGCUUAGACCAAUAUGAAACAGGUUUUUUACAGGUUUCAGAAAUUCAUACAAUUUAUUGGGAAGUAAGUGGAAAUCCCAAUGGAAAGCCUGCUCUUAUUUUACAUGGUGGUCCAGGAAGUGGUUCAGAUCCUUUGUAUAGAGGUUUUUUUGAUCCUGCAAUUUAUAAAAUUGUAUAGUUCGAUUAAAGAGGAAGUGGAAAAUCGACACCAUUUGCUUCAUUAGAAGAAAAUACAACUUGGGACUUAGUGAAAGAUUGUGAGAAAAUUAGAGAAACCUUAAAGAUUGAAAAAUGGCACACAGUUAUUGGAGGUAGCUGGGGCUCAACCUUAACAUUAGCCUACUCAUAAACAUAUCCAGAAAGAGUUUCACAUAUUAUAGUUAUUGGUGUAUUUUUGCUUAGAAAAGAAGAAGUAGAUUUCUUUUACUAAGAGGGAAGUAGCUGGCUUUUUCCCGAUUUCCAUGAGUAAAUGAAAUAAUUACUCCCAGAGCCACAACAAGGUAAUAUCCUUCAUAAUUAUUAUUUGAAAUUAACUGGAAAUGAUGAAGAAGAGAAACUUAAAUUUGCUAAGGCUAUGGCUGUUUGGGAGAUGGCAACUUGUAAACUCUUUAUAGAUGAAGAAAAACUUAAAAAAGGAAAAGAUGAUAAAUUUGCUUUAGCCCAUUCUAGACUAGAAGCUCACUAUUUUGUAAAUGGAGGUUUUUUUAAUAAAAAAGAUUAAUUGCUCGAAGAUACCAAUAAAAUUGCUCAUAUUCCUACUAUCAUUAUAUAAGGGAGAUAUGAUAUGGUUUGUCCUGCAAAAUCAGCAUAUGAUCUUCAUAAAAGGCUCCCUAAAUCAGAGCUUGUAAUAAUAUCAGAUGCUGGUCAUUCUGGCUCAGAGCUAGGAAUUUAGGAUGCUAUUGUAAAGGCUACAGAUAAAUUUAGUAAAAAUGAUAUCUGA